AUGGAACAGCACACUGGUUCAAACAAAAAACAAGGGUCAAAUGAUGAAUCGUCUAAUUCAGCAACUGGUCUGCAACUUGAAGCGGACUGCGUUCGCGAACAAGAGAGAUCGCUUGUCACAAAUGAAGUCAAUUUACGAUUACCGCCUGCUAUUGGAUGCAGUCAACCAACACCUUCGUUUCUCAAAUUUGAUAAUGAUUUCAUAUCAUCCGGAGAUAUGCAUCGCGAGUAUGAAAACGAUGUACACCAAAUUAGAAGUACAACAGCUAAUUUGGAACGUCUUCCCUCUUUUCAAAAUGAUCAACUAAGAUCAACAAAGGCUACCACCAUCAUAACAAGUACUUUUCAUCAGUCAGAUACCAAUUUUCGUUCAGAUCAUGAUGAUAAGAGUAUGUGUCCGUAUUAUAAAAGUUCAACUGACGGCAUACUCCAAAUCGUAGAAGAUACAUUGAAUAUAUUUUAUCAUGCUAACCAUGGAAAUUUUGAAGCCAUCCGUAAAAUAAUUAAUGUUAACUAUGUGCAAGCCGUUCAAAUGAAAAACGAAAAACAACAGAUAUUAUUGCAUGUUGCGGUUAUCCAUUCGUUUUCCUAUGUCUGGAUUCGAUUAUUGUUGAUGUGUGGCUCUGAUCCUUGCGCUCAAGACCAAGACGGAUAUACACCGGCACAUUAUGCAGUCGAAAAGGAUGAUAUAGAAAUGCUAAAGGCAUUGACGGUUAAAUUGCAAGUCAAAACAAAACCAUUGCAGCAUAGCGAUGUUGACAAAAUACAUGAAAGCUGUAUUCAAGCAUUAACAGUAAUAGAAAAGUCAGGCAGAACGACUUUCAUGUUGGCUUGCUGCAAAAGAGCAUUGAAAUGUGCAAUCUUCUUGAGUAGCCAAGACGCAGUUGGUGAUGUAAAUCGCACAGACAUUUAUGGUGAUGCAUCAAUCCAUUAUGCCGUAGCGCAUAACGAUAAACCAUUAACUGAAUUUCUUAUCAACGAAUGUAAAGCUGAUGUUAACAGAGGUGAUCGCAGACGGCCAAGUGCAUUAGACAUAGCUUUAUUUAAUCAAAAUCAGGAAUUACAAAACUUACUAUUCAAUAACAAUGGCAAAAAUCGAUAUCAAAUUAAGCGUGAAAGUAAAAGGUGUAAAAUAUCACAAGAUGAUAUUAGUUCUAAUAUCGAAACUCUUUCGAUUGUAUCCCGUGAAGAUGAUCAAUAG